AUGAGAGGAAUUGAGCAUGGACGUCAAAGAGCGGGAAUUGAAGAUUUGGCGGGACUUGCUGGACUACGAGGCCAGGCGGGAAUGCGCGAUCGAGCAUUGGUCCGGCGAGCUGCUGGGCCAUGCCAAGGUGCUUCGCCGGAUCCACGACAGCGAACAGCUGGAGACUCAGCGGUGGCUCAGGGAAAAGCAGGAAUAUGCGGGUAGGGG